CUCCUCCUAGGGUUGCUGCACUACUUGUUCAUCAACCUCAUCCUCAACCUCGUCCUCGCCGUCAGCCCAUGUCGUCGAGCAUAAGGAAGCGGGAGACGAAUAGCAAGGCUCAGGCCCGUCAGGCAAUAGACGGCGAGCUUGCUCCCGUCAAUGGCCAUGCCGCUGGGCCCGCCUUGACCGCUGAGGAUGAAGACGCUGAGCCUCCUUCCAGCUUGGCCAAGGGGGAUGUGAGGGCCAUUGUGUUGCUGGUCAUCCUCUACCUACUGCAAGGCAUUCCAGUAGGCCUCGCCUUCGGCACGAUGCCCUUCCUGCUCAAGUCCAAGCUCUCCUACGCAGAGAUCGGCACAUUCGCCCUCUCCACCUACCCAUACUCCCUCAAACUCGCUUGGUCUCCCAUCGUCGACUCAUGGUGGACCUCUCACCUCACGCUGCCCCUCUUCGGCCGCAUAGGCCUCGGAAGGAGAAAAAGCUGGAUCGUCCCUGUCCAGCUCAUCGUGGGCGGGAUUCUCUGGUUCUUGUCGACGAAUGUGGACGGCCUUCUGCUGGCAGACAAGCCUCCAGUCAACCUGAUUACGGCCUUGUUUUUCGUGCUGGUCCUCUUCGCCGCUACGCAGGACAUAGCUGUCGAUGGUUGGGCUCUGACGCUCCUCUCACAAGAGAACCUAAGCUACGCGAGCACGGCACAGACUGUUGGUCUCAACAUUGGGUACUUCAUGAGCUUCACUGUAUUCCUCGCCCUCAACUCCGUCGAGUUCAGCAACAAAUACCUCAGGACUCGUUCGCUGGACUACCCUGUGCUUUCACUGAGCGCAUACCUCAAGGUGGCAGCUGUGGCUUUCGUGGCUGUGACGACUUGGCUGGCCUUGUUCCAGGAUGAGGAGGCGGAGAAGAAAGAGAAGAAGAACGAUGACGCAGAAGCGUCGUUGGAGGACGAGAUGGGGCUCAAGGGCGCGUAUGAGGUUAUGUGGAAGAUCUGCAAGCUCAAGCACGUGCAAAUCUUCCUCCUCAUCCACCUCGUAGCCAAAAUUGGCUUUCAAGCAAACGAAGCAGUCACCGGCCUCAAGCUCGUAGAAAAGGGCUUCAGCAAAGAGGAUCUGGCCCUUACAGUGCUCAUCGACUUUCCAUUUCAGAUCGUCCUGGGCUACUUGGCAGCCCGCUGGUCGAGGGGCGAGAAGGCGCUCACACCCUGGCUGUGGGGCUACGUCGCAAGACUGGGCUUCGCGGUCGUAUCGAUGGGGAUUGUGGCCGGACUCGGAGCACAGCAGGGCACUGGAGGAGGGGGAGCCAGCGGCGGGAUCGGCCUCGCCUACUUUGCACUCAUCAUCCUCUCAACCGUCGCUGGCAGCUUUGCUUCGACGGUACAAUUCGUGGGCAUCUCAGCCUUCCAUACUCAGAUUGCCGAUCCCUUGAUCGGCGGCACCUACAUGACCCUGCUCAAUACGGUCUCGAACUUGGGCGGGACUUGGCCGCGCUAUUUUGUGUUGAAGGCAGUGGACGCAUGGACCACGAGCGAGUGUAGGGUUCCGCAGGAAGUGGCAGACGCUGCGAGUAGAGGGAAGAAGGGGAUGGGCAGUGUGCCGCCUGACGUGGUAAGGGCGGCAGCAGGGAGUAGUGAGGCACUACUGGAGCAGCUCAGCAAGGCGCCGAGCAAUGGGUCGACGUCAGCGGCAGCUACGCAGCCGUACGUUCUCCUGCCCGCAGCAUCAGCGUGCGCAACGGAGGACGCAGCGCGUACUGCUUGCCUGGCCUCAUCCGGAUCGUGCGUCACAACGAGAGACGGCUACUACGCUACUUCGACCGCCUGCGUAGUCGUAGGGCUAGUGCUCCUAGUCGUCUUCAUCCUGCCACAGAGCCUGAAGCUGCAGAGGAUGGGCGUAGAGGAAUGGCGGGUGACGGGGAGUGAGGCGAAGAAGGCCGAGGAGAAGGAGGAAGAAAAGGCUAAGGGGAAGAGGAAAGGCAAAGGGAAGAAGAAGGAGCUGUAGUAGCAUUGUAAGACCCUCUAUCAUUAGAUGGCUUUGAGCAUUCCCUUUUGUUUUCAUUAGCGCGCGCGCCUCGUCAUCCGCGGCUAUGAAUGUCUGACCUCUGGGAUGCCUUCUACGUCCACCGUCUGCCAAUCGAUGCUUGCGUCCUUUGCUGUAUCCACCUCCCCAAUGAGACAGAUCGCAUCCCCUCUCAUCACGUACAACCCCAGAUCCACCUC